CGCCUGUACAACCCGGCCUUCCAGCCCACGCGCUGUGCUCUGCAGGACGUCGUGGUCCCUGGCGGCUACUUUGUGCGCAAGGGCUCGCAGGUCACGACGGCGCUGCAUGCGGUCAUGGUCAACAAGGAGCACUGGGACGACCCGUUCAAGUUUGACGUCGGCCGGUGGGGCACGGAGAAGGUGCAGCACCGCCACUCGCACGCGUACAUCCCCUUUGCUGCUGGCGGACGCGGCUGCAUUGGACAGAGCCUUGCACUCGCGGAAGUCAAGGUGAUCCUCGCCCGCUGGGUCCUCAACUUCCGCUUCGAGAACGUCACGGGAGAGAGCGUCGUGUAUGACCCCGACUUCUCCCUCUUCCGCCCGCUCAACCUCAAGAUCCGCGUGCACGCGCAAGAGGAUGCUGCAACAUUCCAGGCCACGCGCGAGGCUGCCGCUCCCGAACCAUCUGGUGCCAAAGAGUCGCCAACAACAAAGCGCCCGCCCGUCGGCCGCACGGACCUCCCGGCCUUCUACGCUGUGCACGCCUCCAACACGGGCACCUGCAAGGGCUUUGCGUCCGAGCUGACGCGUCGGGCACGCGACCUGGGCUUUGCCGACGUGAAGCUGCUGUCGAUGGAGGAAGGACCGCUCGUCGACGCAGACGCCACGGCCGAGCUCGUGGCAAAGGACCACAUCCUCGUCGUCGUCACAUGCACGUACAACGGCGAGCCGCCAGAGGCGGCCAUCGAUCUCGACACGCUGCUUGACCAGGCCGUCAAGGACAAGGAUGAACACCGCUUCGCUGGACUGCGCUACGCCGUCUUCGGCUGCGGCAACAAGCAGUGGGGCUCGACGUACCAGGCUUUCCCAGACAAGGUCAACGCGUCGCUGAAGGCGCUCGGUGCCGAGCAGUGGUUCGAAAAGGGCUCGGGAAACGCCGACGAGGACCAAGAUCGCGACUGGAACGAGUGGUCGACGAAGCUCUGGGGCCAGGUGGCUGCCAAGAACGGCAUCGACUUGGCCAACCCACAAGGCGGUCAGAGCGAGUCCAGCACUUCGUCGAGCGUGUCCGAUGCGGUCCGCAUCGCGUUUCAGCCAAUUGACGACGGCGCAAAACCGCCACGCGCGACGCCGCUCCGGGACUUCGCCGAAGCGUCUGUCGUCGAGAACCGCGAGCUCGUCGACGAGGGCGCCGAUCCGCCGAGGGGCAUGCGCUUGCUGACGUUGAGUCUGCCGCCCGGCGCAUCCUACCGUGCGGGCGACCACGUCGAGAUUGUGCCGGAGAACCACCCCGAGGCCGUCGAGACGGUCCUUGCGAAGCUGCAUCUCGUCGAGCAGGCGAGAUUCAGCGUGGAGGUGCAGCAGGAGGACAGCUUGAACGCGUUCUCACUCGCGGGCCGUCUGGCCUCCCUCGGCGCCAUGGACAUCCGCGAAGCGCUCACCUUCCACGCCGACCUCUCUGCCCCGCUCCAGCGCAGCGCGCUGCAGCACGUCAGCACGCUUCUGCCCGAUGGCGACAAGGCCAAGGCGGAGCUGGAGGCACUCGCCGAUCCGAGCGCAGACAAGGACACCAUGGCGGCGUUUGCGCGCAAGAAUCGCAACUUUGCGGCUCUGCUGGCGCACUAUCCCAGCGUCGGAAGCGCGUUGACGCUCAAAGACCUGCUGCUCUGUGUCAAGUCCAUCGCCACCCGACGCUACUCGAUCGCGAGCAGCCCUGCGGCGGACAGCAACACGCUCAAGAUCUGCGUCGGCGUGAAUCCGCUGAUCACCGAGGAAGGAGCCAUCGAGGGCCUCUGCAGCGGCUUCCUUAAGAGCUGCGAGCCUGGCCACAAGAUCUUCGUCCGCACGAGGCCGUCGCAGGAGGCCUUCCACCUGCCGGCCACGCCCGACGUGCCCGUGACGAUGGUUGCCGCCGGCACAGGCAUCGCGCCGUUCCUUGGCUUCCUCGAGGAGCGCAAGGCGCAGGGCCUGAAGCUCGCGUCCCACGGGGGCACGGCCGCCCAGUGCAAGCUGUACUACGGCACCUCCGAGCGGGACAUGUCUGAGCUGAAGAAGCUCCUGUACGUCUACAUCGACGAGGGCUACGCAGACAUCGAGGCGGUGUACAGCGGCGACCACGGCUCGCGCCUGUUUGCGCAGGACCUGCUCGUCCGCGACGGCCUUGAUGUGUGGUCUGCGCUGCAGAACAAGGGCCGCUUCUACGUGUGCGGCUCGGCGCUCCGCGUGGGCUCGGGCGUGGAGCAGGUGCUGGGCACCAUCGCCGAGCAGCUCGGCGGCAGGAAGGACGGGGCGGCGGAGGUCAAGGCGCUCAAGCGCAGCGGGCAGCUGAGCGAGGACGUACCCUCGCAGAGGGCAUGGACGGCCCGUCACGUGCGGGACUGUGGGCUGCGUCGAGGCGCGCGGCGGGGCGCUGCAGCUGCGAAGGCGGUGCGGCGCGAGGUGUUGAGUGAUGCUCCACGCGCGCCCGACACUGGUGCAGUGCCGCAACGCGCCCGCUGCCGGCUGGUGUUGGACUCGCCGCGCGGCGCUGCAGAUCUGCGGCGAGACCUGCCUGUUGUGGAGUUGCGCUCGGCGAAGCCUCGACUCGCGCAGGCCGCGGCCGAGGAGCGGCGUCGAGCCGCACAGCAGAACGCUGCAUGCUGCUUGCCGUGCCUGGUGGACGCAGAGCGGCAGCGUGCAGCAGCUGGCCGGCGCUGCGCUGCGCCUGCCGCAUUCGUGGCGCGCGCCUUCUUGAGUGCCGGCCGCGCUGCUGCCGCCUCUCUCCUCUCCACCACGUCCUCGCCGCACCGUCUCUCCCUCAACACACCCUCCACCCUCCGCACAGCAACCAUGUCCCACUCUGCGAUGCUCAAGCUCAACGCCGCCGGCCUCUCCGCCGAGAGCUCGCUGCUGCUGCCCGAGCGCGCCGCCGGCGACGCCGCCGAGGCCGCCAUCCUGCAGUCGGUCCGGGAGCUGUACGCGGCCGCGCCGAGCACGUCGACGUUUGUGCCGUUUGCCAACGAGAUCAUCCUCACGCUGCCCAACGGUGACGUGGCCGUCGGUGCCGCGGCGUUUGAGGCCAAGUUCCGCGCCUCGUGGACUGCGACGCCGCACCGCCACGUUCAGCUGCGCCUGCUUGAGAGCCCCGAGUCGCUCGCGGCCGGCACGCUCUGCGUCGACGUCGUCGUCGCGGCCAUGACAGACGCCGGCGAGGCGGCGCAGGUCAGCAAGAGCACGCGCAACCUCGUCGUGCUCAAGCGCAACGCCGAGGGCCGUGUGGCGAACAUGACCGAGGAGGAGGGCCACCGGAGGGCAACGGCGCCGCUCGCCGCCCGCACUGCCGCCGCCUCGAACUUCUACUCGCACUCGCCGACAGACAACAUGGUCUCGCCGUGCACAUCGAAGCUGAACCUGAGCAAGAAGAAGCACUUCAUGAAGGCCAAGCCGACGACGCUCUUCCCGUCGGCGACGUCGCGCACACCGACAAACCUGCGCGCCAACUCGGCCGACCAGAACAUGGCCCUCUAG